GAGGGGCGUAGAAAAGAGGCCAUAUUGUACAGUUCAGUACAGUUAAAUUGUACAAGAAAAAAACGCAAAUAAAAAAAAAAAGGAAUAUAGGUAUUGCGAGCAGUGAAACAUCAGUUCCAUAUAUGUUCGUCAAUUAAUUUGUCUGUAAUAAUAAUAUAUUAUUUUAGACUACUGAUAGAUAUUAAUAAAAUUUAUAAACUUGAAGUAAUAAUAAUAAUAAUGAUAAUAGAUGGUUGGGUUGGCUGUUUUUUAUAGAGAAUCAGACAGAGAAAAAGAUCGAAAAAUAAAAAGGAAAAAAGAGUGAAUUGACAUACGUUAAAAAAAGAAAGAAAAAAAAAAAAAAACAAUACUAUAAAAAAAAGUUGAAGCAAAAGACAGAAGAGACCAAAGUUCUUGUAUUCUGUGUGUCUUGACGAGUGAGACCAUUAAACUAUUUCUCGAUUAUUCAACAUAUUCACAUCGAGCUUAAAGUUACAGUAGAUAAAUACAAUCUUAGAUUUUUUCUUUACAUUUUCUACAAGAGCGGAGCAAGUGACAGGACGAGAUGGGCACUAGAGACGAUGAAUACGAUUAUUUAUUUAAAGUUGUUCUCAUUGGAGAUUCUGGAGUUGGAAAGAGUAAUUUACUAUCACGAUUUACUCGUAAUGAAUUCAAUCUUGAAUCCAAGUCAACAAUUGGUGUUGAAUUUGCAACGCGAAGCAUACAGGUUGAUGGAAAAACAAUAAAAGCUCAAAUUUGGGACACUGCUGGUCAAGAACGCUAUCGUGCAAUUACAUCUGCAUAUUAUCGUGGAGCGGUUGGUGCACUGUUGGUCUAUGACAUAGCAAAACACUUGACCUAUGAGAAUGUUGAGAGAUGGUUGAGAGAAUUACGAGAUCAUGCAGAUCAAAAUAUUGUCAUUAUGUUGGUGGGUAAUAAAUCAGACUUGAGGCAUCUUCGUGCUGUGCCUACUGAUGAGGCCAAAGCAUUUGCUGAAAAAAAUGGUCUAUCUUUUAUUGAAACAUCAGCACUUGAUUCAACUAACGUCGAAACUGCUUUUCAAAAUAUCUUGACAGAGAUUUACAGAAUUGUUUCACAGAAACAGAUAAGAGAUCCACCUGAAGGUGAUACAAUCAAAGCUCAAAAUGUUGAAACCAUUGAUGUUAAGCCAACAGUAAAUUCUGAUGGCAUGCGAAAACAAUGCUGCUAGUAACUGGCUGCAUUUCUUUCAACUAAAUUGAAAGACAACCAGACGAAAUUGGUAACUGGUGAUAGAAAUUGCAGGUGCGUAAUGGUACGAGAACUAAGACUGUGUGCGGGCCUGUGCUCUCGUAUACUAAAUGGAUUUCGUCUUUUUUUUUUUUUUUUUUUUUUUUUUUAGUUUCUCUCUUUUUUUGCUUUAUCGAUAUUAUGAUAUGAUGCCUAUGAUGCCGUGAACCUAUUAACACAUAACAAAAAAAAAAAAAAAAUACACACAAGCACACAUUUGCAUCACCCAGAAAAAUAAACCAAUAUGGAAGAUUAAUAGUUCAAGUCAUUUAAAAAAAAAACAAUAAACUGAAAAUCCUCAAGAUUUAGGGUGAUCUAAAGUAUAAUAAUAAUAAUUUUAACAAAUGUUUUUAAAAUAAAUAGUGCUUGUUGAAUUCAUUGUACCAUAUAAAUUUCAUUAAAAAUUAAAUUUUUGUUAA